AUGUAAAUAACAAAUCCAACUUCUAAAGCAAUUUAAACAAAUUUGGAACCAAAUAAUUCAGAAAAUUAAAAUAUUGAGUUCAUUUGUCAAGAAUUAAAAAAUAUUUGCACUGUUUCUUAUCAACUUAUCUAUCCUAAAAUCUCAUAGAAACCCAUUAAAAAGAAGAAAAUAAUAAAAAAAAAGAAUAAAAAUGACAUUUCUAAAUAAGAAAUAGGAGAGGAGUAAAAUAAUUAGUCUAUUACCAAUUGUUUACUUGAUACCUAAGAAGAAUUAAAAUGUAAGAUAGUCCUCAUAGAUGAUCUUUAACAAAAAUUACUGUUCUUAAAAAUGAUGAUAUCCAAAAUGUGA